AUGAUUGAAUUAAAAAAACUAAUUAUGCUCUUUUUCCCAAAAACAAAAUAAAUAAAUGAAAGAAUUAAAUCCCAUAAAAUUUUCAAAAUGAUAAAGAUAUUUGAAGAAAAUUAAAAUUUAUAAAAUAAAUUAAGAAAAACUAUGAAAAAAAUUGAAAAAUAAUAAAAAAUAAAAAUAAAAAGAAAGAAAAAGAAAAAUUAAAAAAUAUUUGAAAAAAUAAUUAAAAAUAAAUACAUCAAUUAAUAUUAAAUUAAAGAUUUAUUUAAUCAAAUAAUAAAUAAAUUAAAUUAAAAAAAAGCUACAUUUUUAUUUAAUAACUGA